AUGCCCGUCCAUCCUUCCACAACCACCGCCGUGUCAGCACCAGGCAAGGUGCUCCUCACGGGAGGCUACCUGGUGCUCGACCGGCAAUACACCGGCACGGUAUUUGCGCUCGAUGCUCGCAUCCACGCUGUCGUGCAGCAGCUCCAGCGCGACCGAAACCGAAGCUCCAAUCAGCUUACUGAUAGCACCGAAACCCCGCAAAACACAGAUGAAGCCGUUGACCCUCAACCCGAGAGCGUUGUUGUGCGCUCACCACAGUUCAUAGACGCUGUUUGGGAGUACGGUGUAGAGAGGUGUGAGCAAGGUGGAGGGGUAAAAGUGACUCAAAAGAAUGAGGGACCGAAAAACCCAUUUGUCGAGACGUCCUUAAACUACGCUUUGACGUAUAUCAGCUACGUAGCCGACUCCAAGGAUCUCGGCUCCCUCUCCGUUACAAUACUGGCAGAUAACGACUACUACUCUGACGCCAACCAACCAGGAAAUAGCAGCCAACGAAACCGCGGCGCAUUCCGUGAUUUCGGUGUCAAACUGCAAGAUGCUCAUAAAACCGGACUGGGUUCCUCGGCUGCUCUUGUUACGGCAUUAGUUUCGGCUCUGGUGGUCCAUCGAACCAUGCAUCCGGAAGAUUUGAUUGUUGCAAGAGAUAAACUACACAAUCUAGCCCAGGCGGCGCAUUGUGCUGCGCAGGGGAAAGUCGGGUCUGGAUUUGAUGUGGGUGCAGCUGUCUUUGGAUCGUGUUCCUAUCGGCGCUUUUCGCCUUCUAUUUUGGAAGAGUUGGGUGAUGUCGGCUCACCUGGGUUCGAAGAGAGGCUGUUUUCGACCGUGGAAGAUUUAGAUGCUAAACAUCCAUGGGACACUGAAUUUAUGGAUGUUGGUAUGAAACUGCCGCCCGGGUUGCAAAUGGUUCUUUGCGACGUCGACUGCGGAUCCCAGACCCCGUCAAUGGUUAGAAAGGUUCUCGAAUGGCGUAACCAGAAUCAAGAGGAAGCAGAUUCGCUUUGGGACAGUUUACAGGCAAACAACGAGAAACUCCGUCAAGAACUUCGCCGCAACGCUGGAAAUCGGGCAGACCCAGAAACCGAGGCCGCGCUCGCUGACGAAGUCUCCAAACACGCAAGUAUACUGAUUCAACAAUCACGAACCCUUUUGAAAACCAUGACUGAAAAGUCCGGCGUCCCUAUUGAGCCACGGGUCCAGACAGAACUUCUCGAUGCUGUUUCAGCUGUCGAUGGAGUGAUUGGAGGCGUUGUACCUGGUGCUGGCGGAUAUGAUGCGGUAGUUUUGCUGAUUCGAGACGACAUGGAAGUUAUUCAACGACUAAAUCAGUUAUUUGAGUCUUAUCAAAGCCAGGUCGAGGAUGAUUUUGGAGGGAAGAUAGAUCGGGUGAGGAUGUUGGGUGUACGACAUGGGUCGGAGGGCAUUAGAGAUGAGCAAGCUAAUUUGGGGAAUUAUCUUGCAUGGCUGUGA